ACAACAAUAAAACAAAUUACAUAUAUACUCAGAUAUAUAUAGGUCUACCCUUGCUGUAUCUAUAAUAAAUUGUUUAGAUAAAUGUUUAAAAAACAUACUUUCCCAAUCAUUUCUGGAAUUUAGAUUCUCGGAAAAAUGCAAAUAAAUCUCAGAAAUAGAAAAUCAUAAAUAAAUAAAAAUAUCGAUUUCUGGUAUCUCGCUGAAAAAUUCUCCAAAAUCAAGAUCUCAGGUGUCCCGCGGCUCAUCGAGUCUUACUUUCUGUAAUUCGGCUUUGAAUCUCGGAUUCAAACUCCAGAUCAGAGGCGCGGAGCGUUCAGGCAGCUGAAAUUUUGCGGGAUUUUUGUUUUUCUAUAGAGAAAAAUGCCGGGGCAUGGGGAUUUGGAUAGGCAGAUAGAGCAAUUGAUGGAGUGCAAGCCGCUGUCGGAGGCGGAGGUGAAGAUUUUGUGUGAUCAGGCGCGGGCGAUUUUGGUGGAGGAAUGGAAUGUGCAGCCGGUGAAAUGUCCCGUUACUGUGUGCGGUGAUAUCCACGGGCAGUUCUACGAUCUGAUCGAGCUUUUCCGGAUUGGAGGCAAUGCUCCAGAUACGAAUUACCUCUUCAUGGGAGACUAUGUUGAUCGUGGAUACUACUCAGUGGAAACUGUCACACUUUUAGUGGCUCUGAAAGUCCGUUAUAGAGAUAGAAUCACAAUUCUGAGGGGAAAUCAUGAAAGUCGACAGAUCACUCAAGUGUAUGGGUUCUAUGAUGAAUGCUUGAGGAAGUAUGGUAAUGCCAAUGUGUGGAAGUUUUUCACCGACCUAUUUGAUUAUUUGCCCUUGACAGCUCUUAUUGAGAGUCAGAUCUUCUGUUUGCAUGGCGGUCUCUCUCCAUCACUCGACACCUUAGACAAUAUCCGAGCUUUAGAUCGCAUACAGGAGGUCCCGCAUGAAGGACCCAUGUGUGAUCUCUUGUGGUCUGAUCCGGAUGAUCGUUGUGGUUGGGGCAUAUCACCCCGUGGGGCCGGCUACACCUUUGGACAGGAUAUAGCUGCUCAGUUCAACCACACCAAUGGCCUCAGUCUAAUUUCAAGAGCGCAUCAGCUUGUGAUGGAGGGUUACAAUUGGUGUCAGGACAAGAAUGUGGUGACCGUUUUUAGCGCCCCAAACUAUUGUUACCGCUGCGGGAAUAUGGCUGCGAUUCUUGAAAUUGGGGAGAACAUGGAGCAGAACUUCCUUCAGUUCGACCCGGCUCCUCGGCAGAUCGAGCCCGACACCACGCGCAAAACUCCAGAUUAUUUUUUGUGAACUCAGCAGCUACCCUUAGUGCACGCUUUCUGCAACUAUGUUACUGUAGAUGUGUCGUAAGAAAAGAGUAUUGUUAUUUGAGAAUUAUUUUCUUCUACACCAUUCUUUUGUUUGGAGUUUGCUCUACUCCUGACUUUGGUUAUGUGCUCAAGAUUUUUGAUGCAGAGUUAGUUCCUGCAAGGAUGGAGUUUUUUUGCCUUUGUAUAUGUUAUCCCCAAAUGAAAAAAAAAAAAAAAAAAAGAGAAGAAAAAAAGCAGUUGUGGCCUCUUA